AUGAGUGCAGCCAAGCCUGCAGCGGGCGCGGCCGCCAAGCCCGCCACCCCUGCAGGUGAUAAGAGGCCUGGCAGCUCUGCUGGAGCUAAGGGGGCGAAGGCUGCCCCUGGGAAGGGAAAAGCUGGGGACAAGGGUGCAAAUGGAGACGCGCCGGUGGCAGGAAUGCUACUCAGGGAGGAGGACAAGGAGCCCGCCCCAAAGUUCCCCAUCACCUGGCACGCCUACGGAGUCGUCGUGGAGGCUGCCUGGUCGGACGUCCGCCUCGACGCGGCUGCUCUGCGCGCCUCGUUGUUGGCCGAGGGCACGCCCGAAUGGACCAUCUGCGAAGCAGAUGCCAUCGCAAUGGCCGAAGAGAUUGCUACGGAUCCGGACAGUACGUUGGGAGGCCUCGUCCGAAAUGCGAAGGAGUCCGAAGCAGCGUCCGACAAGCCCUGGCUCCAGCCCGACGUGGCUGCUCGAUUGCUGGCAGCCCGAAUGGAACUGGACAAGGGUCGGGCUCAUCGCGCCGAGGCCAAGCGACGGUCCGUAGCGAUCGAGACCGCAAACGAGACCGUUGUUCAGGCCAAGGCGGUGGCGUCAGCCGCGAGCGAGAAGCUGACUUCAGCGAAGGCCGAGCUUAACAGCGCGAAGGAAGCGCACGCGGCGCUCGUGGCGAGGUUUAAGGCCCAGGCCGAGCCCGCCAAGGAGCCGGAAGAGCUGCAAGAAGGUCGCGGGCGUUCCAGCACAGUCGCCACAAGCAGCCCUUCCAAAGAGGCCCUAGCAGCCGCAGGAAAAGCGGAUCCGAAGGCGAAGGCGGCCGCGGCAAAACCCGCGGCGAAACCCCCAACCCCUGCCGGCAAAACAAAGCCGGGCGCGAAGGCGGAUGAGCCAGCGCUGCUGACGCAGGAUGACGUGGACAGCAGCAAAGCUGCCGCAGCCGCGGCCGACGCGGCGGUAAUGGCGGCCAGCAAGGAGCUGCGGGCAGCUCAGCUGAAGGUAAAGGAGGCCGAAGAAAAGCUCCGGCAAGCGCAGGCGGCGCUCGAGGCGCCUUUCGCGGCGACGUGGGUCUACUGGUGCUCCAACUUCGGGGCCGACGCGCAGGGUUUAGCCGCGGCCGCGGCCGCGGGGUCGCCACUCCGCGCGCUCCUCCACCUGAAGGAGAGCAUCGAACCCGAUGCGUCGAAAGCGCUUGGCUCUGGGGUCGCACCAGGUGAUUCGACUAGCGGGAAUGCUGACGUCAGCGGUACUGCCGAGCCGGAUCUUGUGAAGGGAUUUAGGGGUCUGGUUGCGGCAUCGACUCUCGACAUGCCCGCGAGGCAGAUCGCGCUGGUCGAGUGCGAGUUCAAGAGACCGAAAGUAGAAUCAGGCGAAGGGGGAGCCGCGGGCGCUACAGACCUUGGUACCAAUUCUAAAGAGGUGCAGAAGGGCGACGAGAAGAAGCCCAACUCACGCCCUGGAACGGCAGCCAAGGGCGGUGAUAAAAAGCCUCCAAAAGGGGGGGACAAAAAGGCUGACAAAAAGGGUGGGGAGGACGAAAUCGUGGAGGAUCUCGGCCCGGCCGCCGCGGCGGAGGCGCUAGGGGCGGCGGCGCAUAAGGUGGCAGACCAGGCCAUAGCGUAUGAGGAGUACCAAGCGCGUACGAAGGUCGUCAAUGUCCGGCCGGCGGCUGCUGACGUGGACAUGCGUCACUACCAGCAGUUGCUCGCGGACGUUCCGAAGGCUGACGUCACGGUACCAGUGAUGCUGCACUGCAUGCUGGAGCAGAUUGUCCGUGGGCUUUGCACUCCCCUCGACCUGCGCGAAGAAGAGACCUCGCGCGCUGCGGACGAGGCGGCCGCGUAUCUUGACGCUGCGUUCGGACGCCUGGGCUUGAUCCAAACCCCACGGAUACCGCCGGCUGACGUCACUUCUUCGUCAGCGUCUGGCAUCACGUCUUCUUCAAAAUCAGAAGCUGAGGCUGGGCCGCUUGAGCAUUCAAACGUUCGAUCCGACGCACGGGCACCGACCGAAACCGGAGCUCCUCUAUGUGAAGCGCUGGAUUCGUUGGAGGGCAGAAGCGGGCAAUCAGGACCAUUGGAUGCGGCCGGAAGUUCAAACACUCAACCAGGACCGUCCGAUUCCUUCCCCUUCGGAGUGAACCAGGGGCAGGCUAGAGAAGGCUCCAACGGAGAGGUCGGGAAAGGAACACAGGAGUCGGGGGUCGCUACUGGGGAGUCUCUGCAGGCGGCAGAUAGGCUUUGGCCGACUGCUCUAGAAUCGCCCAAAGAAGCAUCGGCAGUCGUUCCGACCGAAGCCAACGGAAUACCGGAACGGCCCGGCCAAGAGCCGGGUGCAAGUGUUAAUGAAGAGAGUGGAACGGAUACAGCGCGAACGGAGCGUAGUGGAGAGGAACGGACGGGUAUUCCCAAGGGCCGGACAAGAAAGGGUGUGGGUAACGGGACGGGGUUAGAAAGGGGUUACGGGAAGGCUGUGGUAAGAGAGGGCGACGGUACGGCUGGGUUGCUGUCGGAACGUCCGGGACCGUUGGACGUGGUCGCCGUCGAGAAGUCAAUGCGGGACUUGUUAGAGCUACCAGGGAGAAAGCGCUCGUGGAUGCCGGCAGUUCCGCUCCUGUCCGAGGUCCGGCGGAACGUCGACGCGACGGCGCUCCGGGCGCACUGCGGCCAGGGCGCGACGAUCGCCGACGUGCAGCGCUUUCAGCGGAUGAACGCAAUCUCUGCUCUCGAAGGCGACCCCGAGACAUCCCAGUCUCUCUUCGGCCGACGGCAUCUGGAAACACUCUCGGCAGACAGCCUGGCACAGGAGUGGUGUAAAUCGGCCCUCAGCCUUCAGUCCGUCGACGUCUCCUACUACCCUCGCGAGGAUUCUCUGCUCGUCCGACUCAGCGAAGACAGCGGUAACGCUGAGUGGGCACUUCCCGUGGAACGUUACAUGCCUUUCGGCGACUUUUUCGUGGCGGGAACUGCCAGCGGGCUGCAGAAUGCGUAUACUCUUGAGCCGCGGGAGAGCGUCAUGAAAGGCUUCCGGAACUCCGUUGCUUCCGGAGCGGAAGGCGUGCUCUGUGCGAGGGUGUCGGAGGGGAUAUGCGAUGACGGGCGGGCGGAGAUUAGCGCUUAUGUAGAUGGGCACGUGCUGGGCGUGCGCUCUUUGCUUAAUGUCGGGGCGGAAAGUGAAAAGACAAAAACAGGUGGCUCAGUUUUGGUCCACGCGUCAGCAAACAAGCCGGGUGUAUCUGGGCCUGACGAAAUCCGCGGAUCGCCUCAAUCUGCUGACGGAGCUGCCGAACCUGCAAAUACAGCGGACUCAGGCUCUGGCGAGAAAAGUGAAAGUGCAAAAGAUGAGAGCGAACAAAGUUACAGUAAUCUGAACAAUAAGAGCACAGAAGGCCCUGUGAAGAGCCGGUUCGUAGGGAGCAUGGAAGACGGUUCAGUAGUUUGUGCGGUGAGCGAAGAGGGAGGAAGAACAAGGGUGCAGCUGACAGGGCCUUCUGGAGAAGUCGUGGAGAUGACGUCAGCGGGGGUCGUCACCAUGUUUGACGCAGAGAAGAUGGAGAGGGAGCGGAGAGAAGGAGCGGAGCGGAAGCGGAAAGAGGCGGAAAAGGUUGCUGAGGCGAAACGGAAGAAAGCGGAAGCGAAAGCGUCGAAGGAAGCGGAAGCAAUCGCAGCGGAACCGGAAACGAAGGGGGGGAAGGGGGCGGAAAAGGAGCGGCCCGGAACCGCAAAGGGGAAGCCGGCGGCGGCUAAACCUGGAACCCCUUCUAAGGCCGACGCGACGACGAAGAAGGAGGCAAAUGCGAAGGCGGGGAAGGGCGCAAAAGAAGCCGUUCCGGCGGAAAAGACCGUUCUGCCGGAGACUGCCGCCGAAGUCCCACAGGCUGAGGCGCCCCCAACAGAAGAGACAGCGGAACGAAAACCAGCGCCGGAAAGAAAGGUUGAAAUUGGGGACUCGGAAGAAGCACUGACGGAGAUCGCAAGGGGUGUGACGUCAUCUGGCGUCGUGGUGCGCGUUUUGAAGGGCGGCGGGAUGCAGGUGCUGUACCUAGACGGAAAAAUAGCGGAACGGAACGCACUGGGCGGAACGGAGAGCCACUGGGUUGUGACGAAUAACUCAGGGGAGAGGACGGCAGUGUAUGACUUGGCGCCGGAACCCCAACCGGGAUUUCCGGCGGCAAAUGCGGAAGAGGUAAAGGCUGCGGAAGCUUCCGCAGCGGAAGCGGUUGCUGUAGCUGCGGAACCAGCGGAAAAGAAGCCGAGCGGAAAGGAAGAGAGGGCGAAGACACCGGGGGACAAGAAAGCCGGGGCGAAGGGAAAGGAGGGAACGGCUAAGAGUGCGAGUAAAGCGACGCCGAGAGAUGCGAAGCCCCUAGCGGAAUCUGCGGAAGCAGUGACUGCGCCGGAGCCGGCGCCCGCAGAAAGUGCCCCCCCCGUAUCUUUCCCUGAGGAGAAAAAGCCGAGGCUUCCAAGACUGGAGAAACUGUCGAGCAUCCGGGUUGUGGAGGUAACCGACCCCGAAACCGGGGUUAGGGUGGUAACCCGGGAAGACUUGACCAUGGUGAUAAUCUCCCCUGACGGAGAGCAACGGGUUAUGCACACCGUGGACGGCACGAGAAUAAGCAGCAGCGGUGAGAAUUGGCAGGUUGAGAAGGAGGGCUUUGCGACGGUGCGAGGUAAAACGGGAACCGGGGUCAGCGUGGAGAUGGGCCAAUCGUGGCGCGCCACGUGGGCGCAAUCGGACGGCGGAAUCGUGCUGAGGAAGCGGGGGGUGGGGGCCGUGAGCGUGCUGGGUACGAAAGUGACGUACGCAUCAGAGAGGGAUAACGAGGGCUUUGCGGAGGGGGAUGAGUGUGGGGAAUACGUCUUCGAUCUGGUUUCCGGUUCCGUCGAGUCCCGCCCCUUCAACGGACCGCCAAUCAAAAUCGACGCCAGUGGAUUCAUCGACAGAGCCGAUCAAAGAUCUCCCUCGUGCCACGUGGCGCAUUCACGGGUGUUCUGCGUCCGGGAAGAGGGCCACGGCUACGAGCUCCUGGACUCCGGAGCGUUCGAAAAGUAUCGGCGGCGAAAGCUGCGGGACGAGAGUUGUACGACGCUGACAGAGCCGGUGCUUGGCAGCCAAGAGAACGCAGUCGCGCACAUUUUCCUGACGCGGCCGCAGUCAAACCCACAAACCCCGAGCCCCGCGCCGCGGCCCGCUCGCGCGACGCGUCCCGCGACCGCGUGCAAAGCCCUCCCCGCCCUCGCCCUCCCUUCCAAGUCACGGAUUAUUCCCAGCCAAGAGCGUUUCGGCACCGGAACGGAGAGCGCCGGAAACGGAACAGAAGUUUCGCAGAGCGGAACGGAAAGCGGUGUGAGCGUCGAGGGGCGGUGGCUGUGGGCGGACCCCGCGCCACUCCCCAUCCCGCGCAUCGCCGCGCGCGCGCCUAAACCCCUAAACCCCCCUGCGCCCCCGCGCGUCGUCCUUUUCCGUCAGAUCGUCGAGCUGCCAGCAUUGGACGGCGCGAAACGCGCGGCCAUAGAGGCGUUCCUAUCAAGAUACGACACGUGGCAGAAGGAGACAGCGGAGAAGGAGGCGAGCUUCCAGACGGAGGAGGAUCCGCGCGCGGCGGAAGAGGUCGCGCGUGCGGACGCGCUCGUCGAGCGGGUGAUGCGCGCGCGCGCGGAGGUGGAAGGUGCCCGCGCUGAAGCGGCGCGCGCGGAGGAGGAGGCGGCGCGCGCGGCGGAUCUCCUGCGGAGGAGGGAGGAGUGCGCGCGCGAGGAGGAGGAGAGGCGUGUUGCGGAGGGAUUAGCGCGGCGGACGGAAGCAGAAGCCGCGAAGGCCCGAGCGCUCGAGGCCAAGAGAGGGCACGGAGUGCCCUGUAUCCAUGACGAGAAGCCCCUCGUCGAAGCGACGGGCCCCAGCCGGCCGGAACCGAGGACCACGCUCCGCUACUUUGACAGCGAGGAAGGGAUCCAAGCGGCGCUUACCUACAAACUCCAGGACACACCUUCCGGCGCAAGCCAUUCUCUCCCUCGGCAAACAAGCCCCACGCGCCGGACAACUCGCCAGCCUUCGCCUCUGAGGGCGACACGUGUCGCGACUCGAGAAGAGGGACACAGUUUUUCACGUGAGGUCUCGGCAAUCAACAAAGGAGCGAACAGUGCGUCAGCGGAAGCGGACUCCACGAGACAGAUCGGCGCAAGCGAAUCGGCGGUGAGCGUGGAUGUAGCGAGAUCAGUUUCCGCCGGAACGAGCAGUUCCGCCGGAAUGGGCGACUUUCCGGAGAGCGUCACCUCUCUCGGGACUCUGGAGUCUUCCCCCGUGACCGACAGUUCCGCCGGAAACCUGCGUUCGGUGAGCGGAAUGGAACGCAGAGAGGGCGGAAGCCGAGGGACGUCAACGGACGUGUAUGGUGCGGACAGCUCCAGUAGGUUCGGAAAGAGCUCGAUCGGCUCACCCGAGAAAACGUCGACGCUCCUUGACGUCACGGGGCGGCCGCGCAAGACGCCGGUGUCGCCUCCGAAGUCGAUUCUGAGAAACGAAGCAUUUGCGGCCCCGAACGAGCGGUUCCUCGAGGUCGAGGCGCCCGUCAAGCGGGUAAUACGGACCACGUCCACCGUGGGGGAGACCAAGAAGCUCUUGGCUUCCGGCGGCGAAAGUUUGGCCCGGUCGGGACAGCUGUCGCCCGUGAAGCAAUUUACGCUCACGCCGGAGGAGGUGGACUUUGGACGAGUGAAAAUUGGCGACACGGCCCGGCAGGUGGCCCCGGGCAUGGCUGUGAAGAUCGAAAUUGCAUUCGCGCCCACCACGCCAGUUGCGUGUGAGACGCAGCUGGAGGUCGUGACGGAGUUCAACCGCUUUCUGGUGCGCAUCUCCGGAACCGGAACCGGAACUACAUCUUGA